AUGGACUCCGAGCUAGACGCACUCCUUACCGCUCCGGCCAACGACGCCGAAUUCGAGAUCCUCUGGCAGAGGAUGAUGCACACCACGCCAGACCUACCGAAGUUGUUCCCGUCACCGCCACACCGACGACCAAGUCCGACCGCCACCGGGACACCGGAACGCUCGACACGCAACAUCGCGCCAGGGUCUCUCGAGGCACGACACCGCUCCGCCUGUCAGCAAAGCUUGCCCGUCCUUCCGGGAACGUCACCGGCCGUCCCAAGGCGUGCCAGGCCGGUCACCGCCAUCCGCGCGCCGCCGCCAGAUCUGGUGCAAAGGGCAAAACCCGCCAAGCGCACCCCUGCGCCUUCGACGAGCCGGGCGACCAGACACCCAGUGGUCGGCGUACGGGUACAGCGUUCUUCGGCAACCAACGCGCGGAAACUCGCCGCACUACUGGCCGAACCGCCGCUACUAACGGCGCUGUUCGGAGACCCGUUGUCGGACCUGGAUGACGACAACGGGGCUAUCACCGCCACCGCGCCUCAGGACCACGCGGAGGAAACCAGCCUGCUUCAUAAAAGCACCACCUCGACGCCGCCGGAAAAGACCUCCCCAACGCCGGGACCAGCAGUCGCCGCAACUGUCGCCACGCAGACCGCCGCAAGCGAACCCACCGCUCCGACGUCAGCCUUACCGGCAGCCACGAAGGCCCCCCGAGUACCGGAGACGACACCCACGACCAAGACCGGCGCCCGCCCGGACCGACCGCCUCUACCAGUGCGGAUCACCGACGACCUAACCGUGUACGUCCCUUACUACGCGGCCACGGUUUCGCGGGUGUAUAAAGUUCGCCUCGCCAACCGCCGCUUCACGCUCCGGUUUGGUCGUGAUGGCCAGUGCCACUACGUGCGGGAAUUCCCGGCGUAG